CGGAACGAUUAGAUAAGCAGGAGAGCCAUCGAGUAAAUAGCAACAAAUGCGGAAAUUACACAAGUCUUUGGGCGCCAGAAAUCGACAGUUUGAUUUAAAUUAGAGUGACGCACAAAACUCUGUCCGCACUUAACAACUGCAUUUUGUAUUUUCAGUCCGAAAUCUGCGACUAUUCACCAUGACGACGAAACCUCCAUUAAAUUUUCAACCUAAAUCUAACAACAACUCAACAUUUAACCUCAUCAUCAUUAUCAACAAAUUUUCCAAUCUUCAUCAACACUCACAAACUUCUCACUUUCAUUUUCCUUCUACUGUGUGCUGUUGUUUUCUAGGGUUUCGAUAUGUGGAGAGUGAAAUUUUGUUUAUCAGCAGCAAGUGCUUUGGUUGUCUACUUAUGCUGCUUUUCUCUACUUUCUGUUGCUCAACUUACCGAUCCAUCCGAAGUGAAUGCAUUACAAGCUAUCAAGAAUCAUCUAAUUGAUCCUUUGAACCAUCUAAAAAGUUGGAACAAAGGUGACCCAUGUAAUUCGAAUUGGACAGGGAUUUUGUGUUUUAAUACACCAGGAACUGAUGGGUACCUUCAUGUUCAAGAACUGCAACUGCUAAAUAUGAAUCUUUCUGGAACUUUGGCCCCCGAGCUUGGCCAGCUGUUGCAGAUAAAAAUCAUAGACUUCCUGUGGAACAACAUAUCUGGUGGUAUACCAAAGGAGAUAGGAUACAUUAAAUCCCUGGAGCUGUUGCUUUUGAGUGGGAAUAAGCUAUCAGGUUCAUUACCAGCUGAACUUGGUUACCUUCCCAAUCUGGAUAGAAUCCAACUCGAUCAAAACAACUUAUCAGGACCAAUACCAGUAUCAUGGGCAAAUUUGAACAAAACGAAGCAUUUCCACAUGAACAAUAAUUCAUUUAGUGGGCAAAUCCCUCCAGAGCUUUCCAGAUUACCAAAUGUCGCGCAUUUUCUUUUCGAUAAUAACAACCUGUCAGGGUAUCUUCCGCCAGAGUUUUCAAACAUUCCGACUCUGCUUAUACUCCAACUUGAUAACAACCAAUUUAAGGGAAGUCGAAUUCCAGCUACUUAUGGGAACUUACCGAAACUGGUGAAAAUGAGUCUUCGGAACUGUAGCUUGGAAGGACCUGUUCCCGAUUUAAGCACAAUUCCUGAUCUCCACUAUAUAGAUCUUAGCUUCAAUAAGCUAACUGGACCUAUACCCUCAAACAAGUUGUCUGCUAAUAUUACUACUAUUAUUCUUUCAGACAACCAUCUCAAUGAGUCGAUACCCUCAAAUUUCUCGGGUCUUCCUCGCCUCCAGAGACUGUCACUCGAGAAUAAUAUGUUAACCAACUCUGUUCCAUCCAACAUUUGGCAGAGCGUGCCUUUCAGCCCAUCUGCAAGACUUUACAUUGAUUUCCGGAAUAAUUUACUUUCAAGCAUUUCAGGUGCUCUUAAUCCUCCAAAUAACGUGACUUUAAGGCUCCAAGGGAAUCCUGUUUGCGGCAAUAAAAACAAGCUCAAAAUUGUCCAGUUCUGUGGAACUGAAAUAAAAAACGAGUCACCUGGUAGCUCAGACAACUCCACAGCUGUUUGUUCUAUGCAAUCAUGCCCUGCUGAGGAUUUCUUUGAGUAUGUUCCAGAAUCUCCCAUCCCAUGCUUUUGUGCUUCACCUCUUGGAGUUGGCUACAGGUUGAAAAGUCCCAGUAUUUCAGAUUUCCCUCCAUAUCAUGACUUAUUUGAGGUUUAUGUGACCACUGCUCUCAACCUGGAUCUAUAUCAGCUAAACAUUGAUUCAUUUAUGUGGGAAGAAGGUCCUAGGCUAAGGAUGUACCUGAAGCUAUAUCCUAAGUUUAACAAUCAUUCUAGUAUAUUCAACUCAAGUGAGAUUCAACGAAUUAGAGGCAUAUUAACAAUGUGGACAUUAGCAAGAAGCAACCUUUUUGGACCGUACGAAUUACUCAACUUCACUCUCCGGGGACCUUAUUCAAAUGUUGCUCUUGAUUCCUCCAAGCCAAGCAUCAGCAAAGGUGGCUUAGUUGGCAUUGUGUUAGGGGCUGCUGCUUGUGCGCUUAUAGUUUCUCUAGUUGUUGCAAUUCUUAUUACAAAAAGACAAGCCAGGUACCGCACACCAGCAAAAAGGAAUCAAGAAUUGAGCAUGCCAAUUCAUAUCACUGGCCUCAAAAGCUUCAGCUUUAAUGAAAUGGUACUGGCAACUAGCAAUUUCAGCGAGUCCGCUCAAAUUGGCCGAGGAGGCUAUGGAAGAGUCUAUAAAGGUAUCCUAGCUGACAAAACCGUCGUAGCUAUAAAGCGUGCUCAAGAAGACUCCUUACAGGGUCAAAAAGAGUUCUUCACGGAGAUAGAACUGCUAUCACGGCUACAUCAUCGGAACCUAGUCUCCUUGCUUGGUUAUUGUCAUGAAGAUGGGGAGCAAAUGUUAAUCUAUGAGUUUAUGCCUAACGGCACUCUUCGGGAUUGUCUUUCCGCCCAAGCAAAAGAGCCUCUCAGUUUUGCUAUGAGGUUGCGUAUUGCAUUAGGUUCAGCCAAGGGCAUUCUCUACCUCCAUACAGAAGCAGACCCACCCAUAUUCCACCGAGAUGUCAAAGCUAGCAACAUAUUGUUAGACUCAAAAUAUAAUGCCAAGGUUGCAGACUUUGGACUUUCUCGGCUUGCACCAGUUCCAGAUUGUGAUGGAGUCGUGCCUGGUCAUGUAUCCACCAUUGUGAAAGGAACACCAGGUUACCUUGAUCCAGAAUACUUCUUGACGCGCAAAUUAACGGACAAGAGUGAUGUUUACAGCCUUGGGGUAGUAUUUCUCGAGCUUUUAACAGGGAUGCAUCCAAUCCAACAUGGGAAGAACAUCAUUCGAGAGGUACAUGCAGCAUAUCAAUCUGGUAUAUACUUUGCAGUCAUAGACAACCGUAUGGGUUGUUAUCACCCUCAAUGCGUUGAGAAGUUCAUGAAAUUGGCUUUUAGAUGUUGCCAAGACGAAACAGAUUCAAGACCUGCAAUGUUGGAGGUGGUUAGGGAGCUAGAACAUAUAUGGCAAUUGAUGUUGGAGUUGGAAUCUUUACCAUUGGACUUGACUGACAUCGAAUCUGACGAAGUGCUGGACAUGAUGCCACCACCACGGUCUAUCGAAAAUCUGUUCUCUGGUGAAGUAAUGACAUCAUCAUCGUCAGUCUCUACUAUAUCGCACCCAAACGCAUCAACUGAUGUAUCUGCAAGUGAACUUCUCAGUGAUAUGGAGCCCGUAAUAAAACCCCGCUGAUGCAACAUUUUGGACAUCUCUCUGGGUUCCUUUUCCUCUGGAAACCGAGUAAAUUGUAAAUGGUGGUCAUGGACUGUAAAAUAUGGUGUAAAAUAAAACUGGUGUGUGAGUGUCAGAUGGUAUCUUUCUCUAGUAUAACCAGAUAAAUGUUCAGCACAACAAGUCUGACACUUGGAAUUCCUGAAAGAAAGCCGAGUCCUGUUAUUAUGCUUCUUAUUUCUUAAUGGUCAAACAUAAUGAAGAUGAAGUCGGUUUGUUUCA